AGUAGUGCAUCUAAUUUAGGAUUGAGUUAGUUCAAUGUAAAGACAGUUAUUGGUUUACCGAAGUAAAUAUCUCCUUGCAAAUUAUAAAGUAAAACAUAUUUUGGAAAAAUGGCAGCAAUUCUAAGAGUUAAGCGAAAGAAGGAUGAUGAACCGCAGGAUGCAUUCUUGAUAUCAUGCAAACGUGCCAAAGUUGAGGACGAAGCCGCUGUCACCGAGCAGCCACUCACUGCGCUCGUAAAGUUUGCAGGAACCGUCGAAAAAACAGAAGACUGCGUCGUAGAACACAUAACCAAGUCCUUGAGCAAGAAUUAUCUUAAGGCAAAUUACAAGCAGCACUUGGUCGACGUUACUCAGAAAAUACGCGAAAAAACAAAACAAGAGUCCAACGAGAAUCGAUUCAAGGUUGUCAAUAAUAUACGCUCCAUUGAUUCAGUUCUAGCUGGUCCACUCGAUGAGGAUGUAGUUAAUAUUAUUGACAUAGAGGAUACCAAAGUCGAUACAGAUGACAAGAAUGAUGAUGGGUUUGUGUACGAUUUGUACUACACUCAAACAAAAGAGGAUCUGACAGUAGACAAUUUAUUGUCUGUUUUGCCAAUAGAAGAGGAAGAAUUGGUAUUUGAAGAUCACUACAGAGAUGAGCGAGAACGUGAUGGUGAAACGUCAGACUCUAAUUCAGAAUCAAACAGAAGAAAUGAGUACCCGGAUUCUGACGACUGCAACGAUGAUGUCGAUGAGGACGAUGACAAUGAUUCUAUUGGCGAGACUGCUAUCAGGAGAGCUCUCCAGAGGAUAGGAAUCGAUGAGGAUGAUGAUUUAUCAAGCGAUGAUGAAGAUUUUGUUUAUGGUCUUGAUGAAAAAGAUGUUGAUGAAUAUGGUUAUAAAUAUGCCAAGUACAAGGCUCAACUGAAGCAAGAAGAGGAAGGAGAUUCCAAUGAUAGUUACGAUGAAGAUAGCGACGUUGAUAAAGAUGACUUUGGUGAAGGAUAUGAAAUGACAAUUACCGAUGACUAAUCUUCGAAGUUGUGUUCCUUUACAAUUAUCUUAUGUGAGUUCUAAGGGUACUCUAG